AGUUAUGUUGUUUUCGCAUAAUGGUUCUCUGGAAGAAUCUCCCUUCUGAAAUGGAUGCUGUUGUCUCAACUCCUAGGACUGCCACCACAGCUGUUUUGGCCACCCUCUUCUUACUUGUCCAACUUUGUGAUGCCAACAAUGUAUACGCCAAGAGAGGCUCUUCCCUAGAGUUGCCCUGCCCAUGUCAAUCUUGUUCUGGUACUCAGGAAAUGUCCUGGUAUUAUGCCCAGCAAGGCAAAACAGUUUUACUCUUCCGCAAAUUCUCCAACGACCAUAUAAAGCGUUUUCCAAUUGCCUGGAGCUGGCUGGAGAUGCUUCAGAAUAACUCGCUUCAAUUUCACCAUGUGAGGGAUAAUGACACAGGCCGUUACUGGUGUGACAUGAACCAUUUUUAUGAUCUUGUGGUGGUGACAAGCAAUCAGCAAAGGAUGGAGUCCUACCAGGCUGAUAGCGUGUGCUUCAUCUUGAGCUGUUUAUUCCCAUCCAAGAAAUACUACAGGGAUGUGAUAACCUGGUGGGAAGGUAGAAAACAAAUCCUGGAUGCUGAUCAGAUGGGAAGACCCAGCAUAUUUAAGGGGGAAAGGGCCUCUCAACUCCACAUUUGCAUGAAAAAAGCAGCUCUGGAAAAAAGCAUGAAGAAGCAAGUCAAAUGCAGCUUUGCUCGGAAGACUGACAUCACGUUCAAGUUGACAGAUAAUCAUCACGAUCUCUGUACUUGUAGUACUUUGAUGCCUUCUUUUCAGGAUAUAGUGACAGUGAAAAAUGGUUUAUCGUCUCAAUGCUCAAAAGUCAAACUAAACGGAGUACCAUGGAUUCCACUGGCUGUUUGCAUUAUUUUGCAAUUUCUAAUCAUACUUACUCUGGUGGUAUUGUGGAGGAGGGGUUGUAGCCAGAAGUAUACAGACCAUCUGAAGAAGCCCCCAAAAGAUAUCCCCCUAUCUGAGUAUACACCACAGAUCUAUGAGAAUAUCUAACCAGGAGGUCUAUCGCUGUGACAAAGGAAAUAUUUUGGUUCUCACCGAGUCAGACAACCUUGGAACAAACCCAGCAACUCUUGACCAAUGUUAUGUUUUCCACAAUCAACCAUUUUUCCUGGCUUUUGUGUGUGCUUUUUAACCCUGCCAAGCUGUUCUUAAUCCUCUGAUCAACCUGCCAGGAUUGUAGCUCCCAUCAUCUAUUAGUUAGGUUGGCCGGUGAAGAUAGCUUGAUUUAGUGUAGCACAUCAGGAAAGCACCGGAGUAUGGUAGGACACAAAGAAACAAAGCCUUGGAUUUUGGAGAAUUUCCUCUCAUGUGAGUUAAAAGAAGCCUCCACCCAUCCUUGAGUCAGCAGAAAAGAAUGAGGGAUAACAUGUACGGUCUCCAUGGCUGAUUCGUCUCCUGCCUUGGUUUGAAGUUCACACAAAACUUGAUUUUUGUAAUUUUUCUCCAAGCAACAAAGCCGAAUGGAUUCAGCACACUUUGAAGCUGCCCUUGGGAGAUACCGAAAAUAGGAGGAAAGUACUAUUUUAAGAUCAAUACAGUUAAGGAUUGUUUAAGCCUUACUCAUGAGCCAAGGAGUAGAGAACAAUAAUAAGGUGGCUAUAAGGAAAAAAAAAAGGAGGACGGGGGUAGCCUGGGUAUAUUUAUGUUGU